AUGGCAGCUGAUCCUCCUGAGCCCUAUUCUCUCAGCGUUGUUAAGCGUUCCAGAACGGCACCUUCCACUGACAGCCCCGGGACGCAACCUAAAAUGUCGCCGCGAUGGCUAUUCUACUCUUUGAAGACGAUCUACCUGUUCCCACGCGACGAUGUUGCGACGAUGAUCAUUCCUGUGACAUGUCUUGGGACAUGUGCUGCGCUAUCACUACAUACACGUCCACUGUUGCUGUGGGAAACAUUAUGUCGGAUUCCCCUAGCCGUCCUUUGGGUUUGGCUCAAUGUCCUGCUUUUCUCUAUCUCCAAUCAGCGGAGUGAGGCGGCCAUGUUAGAAGACGCCAUCAACAAACCAUGGAGGCCGCUGCCAUCUGGGCGGAUCACAUCCACCCAGGCACGACGACUGCUUUUCGUCGGAAUUCCGGUCGUCAUCGCAUUGUCCUACUGUUUCCUCGGCGCAGUGGAGGAGACGAUGAUCUGUUUGUUACUGACAUGGAUGUACAAUGACCUCGGCGGGGCAGACGAGCAUUUUCUUCUGCGUAACGGAGUCAACAGUGCGGCCUACUUUUCGUACGGCUGCGGCACGCUACGCAUUGCCGGUGGGCUGACGCUUCACUCUGCGUGGCACAAUGGAGUGCUUAAAUAUUGGCUGGGGAUGGCAUCUGCGAUAAUACUUACCACCUUGCAUGUGCAAGAUCUGAAGGAUCAGGAAGGGGACCGCGCCCGAGAUCGUAGCACAGUACCCUUGGCUGUGGGAGACUCCCUCGCGCGCUGGACGAUCACCGUGGGUGUUCUGGUUUGGUCGAUCCUCGCACCCAUGUACUGGUUAUAUUGGGCCCCGAACGUCUUGCCAGAUCGUCGCAUUCAGUCUCCAGCGGCCACCAUUCCGUGUAUCCUCGCAAUUCUAGUCUCCCUGCGGGUCAUUUUGUGGCGCGAUCGUCGCUCCGACAGAUCUACCUACCGAUACUGGAGCGUGUGGUUGAUGUCGAUUUUUGCUCUGCCACUCUUGGCGGCUAUGGAUCCGGAGCUACAGUCAACCAUCCUUCACAAACAAUGGCCGGCAAAGUUGGAAGCCCUAAUGGCUUGA